AUGCAAAAGAAAACGUCGGAACAUGUUUCCUUAAUUAGCAUUUUCAGGACGAGCGACAUUUCUUGUAUCUUCGGAUCUCGCAACCAUUCUGAAAAAGGUGAUGGCGGUCCGACCGAGCCGGCACCGGAUGGUGGCAUCGGCUACUACUUUAUCGGCGACCAAAAGCGCAUGCUAAUGUACGAUGAUGAUGAUGAGGAAUUUAUCAAACUCAACCAGUCAGUGUCUGACUUGAGUACCCUCGAGAAUAUUGACAAUAUCCCACAUGACAAGUCUAUGAGGGAUUAUUUCAGUGAAGUGGGCUUGUCUUCUUCCAUGAUGAAGCUUUGUGAGGCAGGAUAUGCCAAUACUGCUGGUGGGCCACUAGAAAACAUAUCACAGCGCACUACUUGCCGCUACGAAAAGAUGUGGAUUGAAUUGGAGGACGACGGUGAUUAUCGUGUUGUACCAAGCCUUAUGCGUUUCAUUGAUUACUUUGCCGAAGGUGUGAUGACUAGGUUCAACUGGCCUGUUGCUAAUGUGGACUACUCCCAGAGUGACCGCAUUCUUCUGACUAGUACAUCCGGCAAGCAGCUCUUGUGCAAGGCACUGGUUGUCACUGUGUCUAUUGCAGUAUUCUCUAAGAUUGCCUACUCUCCACCUCUUCCACAGCAAAAGCUUAAUGCCGUUAAGUCAUUCGAUAUGCGCCGUGCGGGAAAGGUAAUUUUGCACAUGUCAGGGCAAUUUUGGCCUGAAAAUGCCCACGGUGUUAUCUGUUCGGACUGUUUCUUGCCUGAGUUCUGGUUCAACUCCACGCAAGGCAUCGGCCAUUUAAAGACCAAUGGUGACAAGCAAUAUGUCGCCAAUGUGACCGACAAGUCUGCAGAUAGCGGUGCAAAGUAUUUGAUAACAGGAUUUGCCAGUGCACUAUACGCGGAGAAAUUCAUUGGCAUGGAUCAUGACGAGAUAGUAGAGGGCUUUCUUGACCAGCUCGAUAUGAUAUAUGGCACGGUGGAUGAGCCGUUUCCCGCACGCAAAAACUUUGUUAAGGGCAUCUACAAAGAUUGGGGUGACGAGCCGUGGAUCUGUGGAGGCUACGCAUAUCCCCGGGUCGGUCAGUCCGACUCGGCUUCAUCUGAACUUGCUGCACCUGUAGAUAAUCGCCUUUUUUUCGCUGGCGAAGCGACAGCUUUCGAGCAGCCCGGCAUGUCGGUGCAUGCUGCCGUUGACACAGGAACACGGGCUGCUGCUCAAGUGACACACGCACUCAUGAAACUCUAG